CUUAGCCUUGACAAUAGCUCGGUCGAGUUCGAAGAUGAGAAAGACCAGUUGAGCCGUUCCUGAAUUAUUGCAAAAAUACCCAUUUUUCCUUAUAGCUUUCUGUGGAAAAAUGGACCCAUCGUGACUUUCGUAAAAGACUUUUCCUAUCUUAGUCAAUUAAAACCCCAACUACUAUAUACCAUUCGAUAGAAAAUUUCAAGUACUACAAAAUGAUAUAUAAAACAUAAAGAAACAAGAACGUUGACUAACCUAUCACAAAGAAAAUUAAAGAUAACUAGGUUAUAUUUUGGUCCACAAUCUAAUUGAUCCACAAAUAAAGCUUUAUCUUCCGAUUACACUGAUGAUAUUUCGAGGUUUUCAGGUAUGGAGAACUCGAAUGUGUACUGCACUUCCAUCGGAAUACUAUUAGUUGUGCAGUGACCAAUAGAAAUGAAGUUCUAGGAAAAAUGACUUUCUUAGAGUAAAUCAAGGUGCAGAGUUCAAACUUGAGCUUAGUUCGGUCCCAUAUCCUAUUCGUUUGGCGACGCGGAAUAUAAACCAACAUUUUAAAUGGUAGAUUUGACAGUAUACUUUUGAUAUUCAGAUAGUCUAGGAUGAUUGAUUUGUAUGAUUCACUUUUUGAAGUACACAUAACUCUCGGAUUUAAAUCCGAAGUUUCCGCAUUUAUUAAUAAAUUUCUUUUUGUUACAUUGUCAAUCAUGAUGAGUACAACAUGUUUUGAAGUGUUUAGGAUCAUUUGAAAAUACUGUUUUUACACAAUAUAUAUCGAUUAAGAUAAAUUUAUAGAUAUUUUUUUCAACAGAUAAUUUUUAUUGAUAUCUCGAUGAACGUAAUACGUGUGGAUAUAGAGUUCUCUUGUAGAUCUUUUGAUUCGUUCUAUUUGUUGAUCUAUGGAAAAUUACUCGAAGGUUUUUUAAAAUCAGUCUAUGGAGGUGAAAAGUCUUGAAAAUUAUUUUGUAUUUUUCUCAUAAUAGGGAUUUUAAUUUUGACGUUUCCGUACGUCCUAGAUUUCUCCGUUAUUCUAAGCGCCACUAAUGUUUAUUAAAUACUAACCAUCCUGAGUUUUCUAUAUGUUAUCAGAGAAGUUUUGUAGGAACAUAAACUAGCAGAUAAUCGAAAGAUCGAGUCCUGUUAAGUUGUAGUCUCAUGUCUUGGCUACAUUUAAAAAUCAAUCUGAACUUUCUAACAUAUGAAAUGGCGGUGAAAUUCAAAACGCACGGAAACCUAUGUUUUGACUCAUAACCUUAAGCUAACUCUUCGUACGUAGGCUUAAUGUAUCGAGCUAAAUUUUUUUACUGUGAGAUACCUAGCUCGAGCUACAUAUUCACUGGAAGUUUCAUCAAGAUGAAAUGCUCGAAAAAGUAAAAUUAUUGUUUUUUGAGAUAUUUCAGACGGUGUUCUAAUAAAGGUGAAAGUUUAAUACUGUUACUUCACUUUCGAAUCGGACAAUGAUUCGAAAAUUUCGAUCACAUUCAGUGUGUAUUUCAAAGGUGGUCACGUAGUUUUUAUUAUUAUAAAUUUCUUGGAAGCAAAAACUUAAUGCUCGUAUCCACAUGGCUAGAAUUUUCCAAUUUCGAUGAUAAUCAACCGUAAUCAGGUAGAGCCGGUCAUUGAAUUUAAUUACCGAAUUCCUAUUUCUAAUAUUCUUCAGCCGAAAACGACAUUUUUCCAAUAGAUUCUUACUGGAUAUCUACGAAUUGAAACGAUAGAAUAAAUGAUAGGGUGUACAGUUAAUGUUUUCGAAAUUAUUUUUUUUCGAGAAAAGACUCUUUUUGUUGCAUUGAAAUGUAAUCUUUUACAAAAAGUUGACUUUUUCGUUCUUUAUCUACGAGAACAAUAAAAAUAAAGAAAGAAAAUUGCAGCAUGCACUUAUCGAGAAAGAAACCCCAAAAAUAAAUAGCCUACGAGACAAAAGUGGAGUUGGCAUUUUAUCGUUACUCUAUCUGGUAAAGUAACUCAACUUUACUUUAUUUGGUAAAAUAAUUUUGAAACAUGUUGAUUUUUUUUUAUAAUCUAAAUAUGAAAAAUUAUACUUUCUAACUUUAUCUUAUCUGAUAUAGUAAAGAUGAAAAACCAUCUCUAACAGUUUAUUAUAGCUAAUUUUUUAUUUUUCGCAUCUUACUUCUUCCUUUGUUUUUUUCCGAUUACAAUCGAUCUGGUUUUUUCCUUCAUAAACAACUAAUUUUUUAUGAUCAAUAACGUCUUACUAUUUAAUAUUAACUAACACUGAUUUUAUUAUUGAUACUUUUUUAUAUAUCAAUACGAUAUUGAUUCGUUGUUUCAUUAGCUAGACGAAUUUUUUAUAACAAAGAUUUUAUCAUGUAUCAUAUACUUUUCAAACAUAUAUCGAAUUGUCAUUUUCAGUCUAUUAUAUUUUUUGAAAUAAUGAACAUUUAUUUUCAUGUUUUUCUCAAUACACAUCUAUAAAUAGCAUACUUUUCGAAAGUUUGGAGUAUGCUCUUUUUAAAAUAAAAAAUUACUCUCCGCAAUAUUCUUGAGUAAAGAAUCAUAUCUGGACAUAUUAGCAAUUAAUUUUGCAUCGUAUACUCAAUAUAAAACGGUGCCACGACUCCUCAUUCUAGAAGCUAUUAGCUGUUUUCUAGCGAAAAAGAAGGACGCGUAAAACGGUAAGGCGGUAUGCUGCACAAUUCAAUGCAGUAAAAUGCUCUUUUAUAGUCGUUUCCAACGGUCGAAAUAAUCAUAUUAGAAUCGUAGGUUAGUCAUUAUUAGAUAUGUAUCAAACCCAAAUGGUUUGAGUCUUGGUAAGUUUGACAUAUUUAUCUAGUCAUUAUAUCAUCGAAUCUAUAAUAAUAAAUAAAUUGAGUGUAAAUCAUUCAUUUGCUGAUUUAAAGUAAAAUCCAAUUAAUCUUUUAAGAAAUAUAAAUAGUCGGAAUAAUAUAAAAUGGCUGUUAGAGCAAUCUAUGUUGGAUUAAAACACAAUGUAGCUGAUGUUGUUAAUACCAGAAAGCUAGUUUUAUUCUAUCUAUUUUUGGGUCAUAUUUUGUAACUAUCCUUGUAGUUAAUUCUCCAGUUCAUUUACUAUAAUGAACCGUUAUUUAUAUGCAAUCUUUGAUUGUAUACCAAAAGUAUCUACUAUGUUCUAUAAGACGGGUAAUUUCCUAUCUUGCAUAUUAGAACACAUAUUUUACAUUAUGUAUCACAAAAUACACUGAUAGAUAAAGUAAAAAUUUUCUAUUCGAUGAAUUUUAUUUAAAAUCUUUUAUUUCUUAAAUUCUGAAUUUAGAUCUUGUACAAUCAAUCAACAGAAAAUUUGAUAAUUUUGUUCGAGUGAUACCAAUUUAUAUAGACAUAUAUUCAGAUCAUUAUUUGAAUGAUUAUUUACAACGACGACAAAUGGAACUUCAAUUAAAACCAACCGUUACUUUGCCUACUUCUCCAUUGAAUGAGAUCAAUAAUAAAAAUGAUCUAAUAUCUCCUACAAAAAAGAUAAAUUCAUCUUCUAAAGCUCAACCAUCAACACCUAUUUUACCACCACCUCCAUCUAUCAAUAAACAAGCAGAAAGUUCUGUGGAACUAAAACCAUCGAUUAAAGAAAAAAAUUGUUCUCAUUCUGCUUCCAAACAAGAGAAAAUAUCAAUAAAUUCUCAAAAUCAAUUGAUUGUUGAAGAAAAAAAAGAUGAACUAUUUGUAAACAGUGAUGAAGAUGAAACAGUUUCAAGUGAAGAUGAUUUUCAUGAUUUACCAUCAGAUUUUGAUAAUGAUGAUUUAUUUUUUGAUGAAUCAAUUGAUGAUCAAGGUGAUAUGGAAUAUUUACGUAGUGCAGCUAAAAAUUUAAUGUCAUCAUUAGCUGAAAUGGAAGAAGCUAGUACAAAUACAGAAACAGAUGAUACACCACAUUCACUUUUAUAUGGUGAUGAUUAUGUUGUUACAAUAAAAAGUCGUCGUUUUUCAGUAGCUUUUCUUGAUUAUACACAAUUUCGUGUUGAAAAACAACGUAAUCCAGAUAAAUUUCGUUUACUUGCAUCACUUAAAAAAAUAUCAAAUAAUAAAAAACGAUUAGAUCAGAUUCAACAACAUGAUCAAACAUCAUCACCAACAUCAACAAUUGAAACAAAACCAAAUAAAAAAAAACGAAAUAAACGUAAUAAAAAGAAAAAACCUGUCAACAAUAAUGAUAAAGGUAUUAUAUCAUUUAAUGACAUAUGUCAUUAUUAUCUUUUUUUAAAAGGCUCCCGCAUAAAUAUAUCGAAAAAAGAAAAUAUUCCGGGUAGAAUGUUUUAG